AACCCGCGCCAAGCCGGGAUGCCAUGCGAAGUCCCCCGCGUUAGAUGAUCACCUACAAAAAAAGUUGCAAAGCAGACAGGUGCUACAACUUCUGCAGCCAGUAGACGUUCCAACAUGGCUACCGACGUUGUCCUCGAGACGACGAUGGGCGUCAUCACCGUCGAGCUGUACAACGACCAUGCUCCAAAGACCUGCAAGAACUUUUCCACUCUCGCGCAACGAGGCUACUACAACAACGUCGUUUUCCACCGCGUCAUCCCAAAUUUCAUGGUACAGACUGGUGAUCCCACAGGUACUGGUCGCGGUGGAUCGAGCAUUUACGGAGAAAAGUUUGCGGACGAGAUCAGCCCUUCGCUCAAGCAUACCGGCGCAGGCAUUCUGAGUAUGGCGAAUAGCGGAAAGGACACAAAUGGCAGUCAAUUCUUCAUCACGACGGCUCCUACGCCGUGGCUUGAUGGAAAGCAUACGAUUUUCGGUCGCGUCAAGAGCGGGAUGAAGGUCGUGCAGAGGAUGGGUUUGGUCAAGACGAACAGUGAGGAUAGACCUCUCGAAGAGGUCAAGAUCAUACGCGCACGAGUGGUUGACCCUACCGGCGCAGAAUGAGUAUGAAGACUGUCUACCACGACCAUCCUUACGAAUAAAUGACGACGAGUCUCGAUUACUUGAGUUCUGGGCCUAGCCUGUACCACUCAGGGCAAGAGCGUCCAAGUGUGACACUUCGCGUGAAGCUACUGUCGACCACAGCAGCUCCGCAGAUGUGUCGUUAUAUUGACAUCACCACCCAUGGUUGAUAAGACGGACUGUUGCAUCGGCCCCUGAUGGGCAGUGAUGCGCUUAUUACGGGAGCGAACCACAACCAGCCAGGUGCAUUAAGCCAUCGCAUCACGGAGACGCAGUGGUAUCAACUGUGUGAGCCGCUGGCAAUACGCUGCGUGCGGGCGGCAUGUCCUGGAAGGCUAAGAUAGAUGAAU